AUGUGGGGGUGGAGCCAGCAGGUGUGUUCACCUGUAAGCGGUCAGCUGCCGGUCCUUCCAUUCGUCGGAGCUCUGAUAGACCAGGCCAAACAUCUGGGCAACCUGGCCUUCAACAUCUGGAACAACAUGAAGGACAUGGUGACCUACACUCCUCUGGUUCUGGACCCAAACACAGCAAAUCCAAGAAUAAUCUUGUCUGAUGAUCUGACUGGUGUGACUGUAGGAGAGGAACAGCAGCUUCCUGAUAAUCCAGAGAGAUUUGAUAUCUGGUGGUCCGUCCUGGGCUCUGAGGGUUUUAACUCAGGGACCCACAGCUGGGAUGUUGAUGUUGGAGAUGGUAGAGCCUGGAUGCUUGGUGUGUUACCACAGUCAGUCCAGAGGAAAGGAGAGAUACUGUCUGGACGGUUGGUUAUACAGCUCUAUAAAGGUAAAUACAUAGCACGUUCUCCAGCAGCUCCUCUCAUAGAUCUAUCUGUCCAGAAAAGACUCCAGAGGAUCAGAGUGCAUCUGGACUAUGACAGAGGAAAGCUGUUGUUCACUGAUUUGGAUACUAACACACACAUACACAUCUUCACACACACCUUCACUGACAGGAUGUUUCCAUACAUCAUCACUGCAGGUAAAGUAAAAAUUCUGCCGAUGAAGAUCUCAGUGGUCAAAUACAAACUAUGAUGUUCUCAGCAUGAAGAACACAACGUCAAAUGAAACCUGAUUGGUCAGAUUGAAACUCUGACAGCAUGCAGGUGUGCUGAUCCUGAACAGGUGAGGACAGUGGAGAUUUCUGCUGAUGGAAACAAACUGAGAUCCAAACAUCCAGACUGAUGGAUGAAGUUUUGUUUUCUUAAAACAAGAACUCUGUUUCCGCUCAGCUCUCUAGGUCCCAACUCUGGACUUUGAUUAGGCCAUUACAACACCUUAAUUCUUAUCCAUCAGAAAAACACUAUAUUGCCAAAAAGUGACUCACAUAUAAGCUUCAGUGACAUCCCAUUCCUGAUCCAUAGGGUUCAAUAAGACGUUGGUCCACCAUUUGCAGCUAGAACAGCUUCAGCUCUUCUGGUAAGGUUGUCCACAAGGUUUAGGAGUUUUUAUAGGGAUUUUUGAUCAUUCUCUCAUUUGUGAGGUCACUUACUGAUGUUGGACGAGAAGGCCUGGAUCUCAGUCUCCGCGCUAAUUCAUUCCAAAGGUGUUCUAUCGAGUUGAGGUCAGGACUCUUCGAAAUUAUCACAAUACAUUUCUGUGAUAAUUUUCAUAUUUUUUAUUCUUUACCUAAAAAUUUAAAGCAUUAAAAAAACUGUUACUAUAACUAUUAAAAACUAGCAAACACACUCUAAAAACUAAUUAAAGCCAACUGAAAUAGACAAGCAAAAAGUCACAACGAAAUAAAACUAAACUACAAUGAAGAAUCCCAAACUAUUAUACUACUAUAACCCGAUUCCCAACAAAGCUUUUCAGUCAGGUUGUGCUCUGUACUUUGACUAGGUCAUUGCAACAUCUUGAUUCUUCUGCCACAGAGAUACAUUGAACCUGGUGAACCUACAUCCCAGUCUCACAUUUUCUGCCUCUGACAGAUUUUCCUCCAGGAUUUAGCUUCAUCCAUCUUACUACAGCAUGAUGCUGCCGCUACCAUGUUUCACCUUGGGAGUAGUGAGUUCACAGUGAUGUUUAAUUCUGCAUGUAAAUCAAACACGAUAAAUGUAAAAAUGAAAUGACAUCUGGAGAAAAUCAGAUUUUCCUUGACUAACUUAGAAAGUGUAUUUUAUAUUUGUCAACCAGUACUUACUUUGAUGGGUACAUUUAAAUAAUAUGCACUCUGCAUGUAUUUUAUGCACAUGCAUUGCCACUUGUUACAUUAUGUUUUCUCACAUUUGUGUGUUUUUCAUGUUGGAAAUCUAUAAAAUCAAUAAAAAUAUUUACAAAAAAGGUUUUCAAUUAUUUUAUUUGUAUUUUUAUUCAUAGUUUUUCCUAAUGCAAAUAAUGUAUUGAUCCAAUGUGAAACCCUCUAAAAACCCCUCAGAAAUCCAUUAUUAUCUUUUCAUUUCAAUCUUUAUCAUCAGAGCCUCAGUUUAAAUCCAGAUGAAUCAGCUCCACGUCACCAGCUGUUGCAUCUUUUCUGCUGAAGCUGCGGAGAAACUGAAGCAUUUCAGUGGAAGCAGGGAUGAAAAACUCUGCCUUGACCAAAACUUCUCCUUAUCAUUGAUUAAAAAAAAAA